CAGUUGUAACCGAGCAGAUGUCAAGUUGUAAAGAAGAAGUUGAGUUACAUUUUAUGGCCGAAAACCUCGACAAAAAGGACUUUCUGGGCAAGUCGGACCCCUUCUUGAAAAUAUAUAAAGAAAACCAGGAAGAAGAAGGAAAGUAUACACUUGUCCAUACCACCGAAUAUAUCAAAAAGACAUUGAAUCCGGACUGGAAGCCGUUCGUUCUUCAAGUUCGAGCUCUCUGUAAUGGAGAUUAUGACAGAAAAUUACGAAUUGAAUGCUGGGACCACGACUUUGAUGGAGGUCAUGAUCUGAUUGGAGAGUUUACAACAACCCUGAGAGCGUUGUCAAGAGGACGGGGUCCACAAAAUGAAUAUGAGGUUAUAAAUCACAAGAAAAAAGAUAAACGAGGGUCGAAAUACAAAAAUUCAGGAGUGGUCAAGUGCCUCGAUGCCAAAAUCCAAACCAUGGACACCUUCCUUGACUACAUCCAAGGCGGAACACAGAUCCAUGUAGCAUUCGCGAUUGACUUCACUUCUUCUAACGGGGAUCCUUCCGACCCGUCAUCUCUUCACUAUAACAGCACAGAUAGUCCAAACCUUUACGCCAGCGCCAUUCGCGCUGUUGGAGACGUCAUCCAAGAUUACGACAGUGACAAAUUGUUUCCAGCGGUUGGAUUUGGUGCUAACGUCCCUCCGGAUUUUAACAUAUCUCACCAGUUCUCCUUGAACGGUAAAGGUGAGGAAUGUGAAGGAAUCGACGGUGUCAUUCAGGCAUAUUAUGACGCCCUGUCAAGGGUCCAGCUCCACGGACCGACGUGUUUUGCACCAUCCAUCGACUCCAUAGCAAGACAAGCUCAAAAACGAAAAGACGGCAAGGACUACUUCAUUUUACUCAUUUUAACAGACGGCGUUAUCAACGACAUGCCUGAUACGAAACAAGCCAUAGUAGAA